AUGGGCGGCCCGCGGGCCUGGGCGCUGCUCUGCCUCGGGCUCCUGCUCCCGGGAGGCAGCGCCGCGUGGAGCGUCGGGGGAGCUCCGUUCUCCGGACGCAGGAACUGGUGCUCCUACGUGGUGACCCGGACCAUCUCGUGCCAUGUGCAAAAUGGCACCUACCUUCAGCGAGUGCUGCAGAAUUGCCCUUGGCCCAUGAGCUGCCCGGGGAGCAGCUAUAGAACCGUGGUGAGACCCUCGUACAAGGUGAUGUACAAGACGGUGACCGCGCGUGAGUGGAGAUGCUGUCCCGGGCACUCGGGGGUGAAUUGCGAGGAAGUUGCAGGCUCCUCUGGCUUCGUGGAGCCCAGGUGGUCGGGCAACACCAUGCGGCGGAUGGCACUUCGGCCCACAGCCUUCUCAGGUUGCCUCAACUGCAGCAAAGUGUUAGAGCUGACCGAGCGGCUGAAGGCGCUGGAGGCCAAGGUGGCCGUGCUCACUGUCACUGAGCGGGCAGUGCUCUCAACCCCAGUUGCCCCUGGGGACCUCGUCCCACUCUGGGGCUCCCCAGCAGCCCAGGGCAGCCCUGGGGAUGGAGGCCUCCGAGGGCUACCCGGAGCCAGAGAGAACAUGAGGGCCCCACUGCUCCCUCGAGAUGAUCGAGUUGGUGCCCAGGGGCUUCCUGGGCCCACCGGUCCCAAGGGAGACACUGGCAGCCGAGGCCCAAUGGGGAUGAGAGGCCCGCCAGGUCCUCAGGGCCCCCCAGGAAGCCCUGGCCAGGCCGGAGCUAUGGGCACCCCUGGAGAGAGGGGACCUCCAGGCCCACCAGGGCCUCCUGGGCCCCCUGGGCCCCCAGCCCCUGUCGGACCACCCCACACCUGGAACCCCCAGUACGGGGACCCUUUACUGUCCAACACCUUCACUGAGACUAGCAGCCACUGGCCCCAGGGACCAUCUGGACUCCCAGGCCCCCCAGGGCCCAUGGGUCCCCCUGGACUUCCUGGUCCCAUGGGCAUCCCUGGGAGUCCUGGACACAUGGGACCCCCAGGCCCCAUUGGACCCAAAGGAAUCUCCGGCCACCCAGGAGAGAAGGGAGAGAGAGGACUGCGUGGGGAGCCUGGCCCCCAAGGCUCCACGGGGCAGCGGGUGAGUGAUGUUGCCCACCCUACAGCACCCCCUCCAGGAACCCACAGGUCCAGACCCCUGCUCUUGCUCCAUGCGCCACAACCAGAGCUCCCGACACUCCCUCCGUCCAGGACAUGGGAGAACCUGGCCCCAAAGGAGACCCUGGGGAGAAGAGCCACUGGGCUCCUAGCUUACAGAGCUUCCUGCAGCAGCAGGCUCAGCUGGAGCUCCUGGCCAGACGAGUCACCCUGCUGGAAGCCAUCAUCUGGCCAGAACCAGAGGGGUCGGGGGCAGGCCCUGCCAGCACAGGCACCCCCAGCCUCCUGCGGGGCAAGAGGGGAGGACUCGCAGCCAACUACCAGAUCGUGGCCCCCAGGAGCCGCAACGAGAGAGGCUGAGGGCGGGGGCGGCCCUAGGGGCAGACCAGACCAGGCUUCCCUUCCCAGCCUGGACUUGGCCAACUGCCUCCAGGGACCGCCCAGCUAUAUUUAUUCAUGUCCUCAGGGUCCCUUCUGCCACCUAGGCCUUCGGGAUGGGCAAGUAUUGGUCCCAACUCCCUGGCUCCCUGUGCAAGCCUAGUAUGAAGCUGAGAAGGGACAGGGGCCUGAGAGAGAGGGGCAGCCCAGGCAAGAGAUGAGGCCUCACUCAGGGCCCUGGGCCUCUGUCCCACUCUGGGAAGUAGGACAGAAAGAGGUGACUGAUUCGAGGCUUCUGUCUUCUCAUCAGCUACCCAGGCAUCUGGGCCUGGAGGGGCUGAAGGGAGCUGGAGUUCUCCUGGGCCCUUGGCACACGCAGGGCUUGUCACCCCCUUGUCCCCAGCCAAACCUUGGGGAGCCCACUGCACCCCUCCUCUCCUUGAUUUCUGGUGCUGGGUCCCCAACCUGAGCUCAGCUGGCAGGACGCUGGGGAUUCCUUGUAUAGGCCCUGCCCCAUGAGCCCCCAGCCCCUCCCAUGUCCCAGGUAGGGGUUGAGGCAUGAAGAGGGAGGGGCCCCCUGGAGGUAGAGGUGUCCAGCCAAUAAAGGCCCCCAGUCUGAUGUUCCA